GCGUGUUGGGAAGGGUUAGUGUCCCUCAUCCCGUCCUGCAUCUUCUUCCCGCCCCCUCGUCCCGCGCUGGCACGCCAGGACCUUUUCCUUAAGUAGAACUGAGGAAUGCCCAGAGUGGGGCACUCGGCUGGCGCCCACGUGACAGACAGCCCCUAGGGCUCCUGGGUUUGCAGGGAAUAUGGGCAUGCUCAGGGCAGGGCUGUGCCCGGGCCUCACCGAGGAGAUCGUCCAGCUUCUGAGGGGCCGAAAGAUCAAAACAGUGGCAGACCUGGCAGCUGCAGACUUGGAGGAGGUAGCGCAGAAGUGUGGUUUGUCGUACAAGGCCCUGGUUGCCCUGAGGAGGGUGUUGCUGGCGCAGUUCUCGGCUUUCCCUUUGAAUGGCGCAGAUCUCUAUGAGGAACUGAAGACUUCCACUGCCAUCCUGUCCACCGGCAUCGGAAGCCUGGACAAACUACUUGAUGCUGGCCUCUAUACUGGGGAGGUGACUGAAAUUGUGGGUGGCCCAGGGAGCGGCAAAACCCAGGUGUGUCUCUGUGUGGCUGCAAACGUGGCCCACAGCCUGCAGCAGAAUGUACUGUAUGUGGACUCCAAUGGAGGAAUGACAGCGUCCCGCCUCCUCCAGCUACUACAGGCUAGAACCCAAGAUGAGGAGAAACAGGCAAGUGCUCUCCAGAGGAUACAGGUGGUGCAUUCAUUUGACAUCUUCCAGAUGCUAGGUGUGCUGCAGGACCUUCGGGGCACCAUGGCCCAGCAGGCGGCAGCUUCUUCAGGCACUGUGAAGGUUGUGAUUGUGGAUUCUGUCACUGCAGUUGUCGCCCCACUUCUGGGAGGUCAGCAGAGGGAAGGCCUGGCCUUGAUGAUGCAGCUGUCCCGAGAGCUCAAGAUCCUGGCCCGGGAGCUGGGUGUGGCAGUGGUGGUGACCAACCACUUGACUCGAGACAGGGAUGGUAGAAGAUUCAAACCUGCCCUUGGACGCUCCUGGAGCUUUGUGCCCAGUACCCGGAUUCUCCUGGAUGUCAUUGAGGGGGCUGGAACGUUAGGUAGCAGCCAACGAACAGUAUGUCUGACCAAGUCUCCCCGACAGCCAACGGGUCUGCAGGAGAUAAUAGACAUUGGGACAUUGGGGACUGAGGAGCAGAGCCCAGAAUUGCCUGGCAAACAGACGUGACACUGUUGACUGGGAAAGGGACAGCCUCAAGGCCCUCACAGCUUUUCUUCCCAGGCAGCUAUGUCCACUGCCACAUGGGACAUCAGAAGACAAACCUCAGUUCCCCCAGCUUCACUGUGUGGGAUCCCAUGGCACCAUUGGCCAGAAGAUGCUACAGUAGGAGGGACCUAGAAGUCCAUCAGGAUCUCAAAUGUUUCCAGUGUGGGUUGAGGUCACCCUAGCUUGGGGCCUCACUGAAGAAACACAGUAGUACCUUCGUGAAUAGUUUCCUGGUCCUGUGUGUCACCAUUGGCUCCUAAACUCAUCCCUCACACAGUAAUUGAGCGGGAAACCUUUGUUCCCCCAUCCCCCAUUUAUUUUGGCCUCUGUUUUUCCAUCUGCAAGAUGGUACUGCGAGUUAAUAGAAACAACCUCAGAAAUGAAACAUCUUUAUGCAUGUCCUAUUCUUAAAUAUAUAUAUAUAUUUAAGAAUUAUAUAUAUAUAUAAACAAGGAGGCCCUCUGAGCCCUACAGUCACCUGAUUUCCCCCUAAGAAGGUUGGAGUGCUCUCUUCCCUGCUUGCUGACUGUGUUUCACACACCUGCAUACCUCACCCUGAUAGGUGAGAACAUAGCUCGCUGCUGUCCCAGGGAUAUAAUUUACCAGGGAGGAAGGAUAUGACCUGCUCCCAGUGAACCAGACACUUGUUUCAUAUGCAUGGUGCCCUAUGGGGUGCUUCCUCAGUAUAGAGUAACCAGAGGUGCUGAACCGUGGCCUAACCCAUAAACAGACACAGGAGAAUUUGCACAGUAAAUAGAGCCAGCUGGGAAAAUUGAUGCCGGCGUAAAUAAUACAUGGCAAAUCUAGUCUUUUAUACAGAAAUUCAUUGCUGGUGGUGCUAAGAUGCAGUAUAAUUACACCUCUCGUCCUGCCAGCUGUACCACAGCCUCGUGUCUUAGUGAAUAAAAUAACCCCCUGUCUGUUACCAACACUGUGGCCAUCCAUCUGAGAGUCGUAACUCUGGCUGAAAGGGGAGGAUGGUACCAGGAAAUGGAAAAUAAAAGGCAGAGAGAAGUGAUCUGGAUUGUUUAUGGACCACAGUUUUUAUAGGAAGGUCAUGCUUGGUUAGAGAGCUUGUUGUAUAAUUACUUGUGUCUUAGCCAAAAGAAAGAGGGAACACAGUUACAAGAUCUGAUAUUUAGGGCCAGUGAGAUGCCUCAGCAAAUAAAGAUGCUUUGCCACCAAGUUCAA